AUUGCAAUCAUUGCAAGUGCAUCAAUCAUUGCAUGCAUGACCUGAACAUCGUGCUCCUCCCAAACCACCAUCACUUCGCCGAUAAAGCAGAAAAGUAAAAGUGCCGGAGUAGGUCUUGCCGUGUUCUCUGCUGUCCCUGUCGGUCGAUUUGUCGUCAGGUUCUCGUGUGUCUUUCUCUGAGUAGAUAGUCAGGAUGGCGCGGAUCUCUGCAUUUGUUUCGAUUGGUUUGGUCAUGGCGACAGCAAUGUGUGUCUAUGCCGAUUGGGACUAUAUGCUGUUCGAGGAGCAAUGGGCUCCGGGUGCGUGCUGGCAAGGUGGAAAGACGCUUGUCAAUAUCCAGGGACUUGGCCGCCAUCACCAUAGUGGGAGUAAAGAAUGUGACAUUCCAGCAGUGGCAAGUGAUGGGUUCACCAUCCAUGGAUCCUGGCCUACGAAGGACGGCAGCGAAGGUCCGAAUUACUGCAAUGACUCUUGGCCAUUCUCUCCAGCUCCCAUCCAGGAUUUAGUCAGUGACCUUGAUGUGUUUUGGCCCUCUUUCUACGGGCCCAACGCUGAGUUCUGGUCUCAUGAGUGGGAUAAACACGGUGUAUGUGCAGCUCAACUUCCAGCACUCAACUCUGAGCACAAGUUCUUCGACUUUGUACUGGAAUUGCGCAAGAAGCAUGACUUUAAGCAAUACUUUGCGGAUGGCGGUGUCCUUCCCAGUCAAGAUCGUACGUACAGCUUCACCAACAUGACCAAGACCGUCCAGAACGCCAUUGGAGUCGCGCCAUUCCUCUCUUGUCAGCAGGGCGGGGACGGUGCGCAGUACUUGUCUGCGCUUGCCGUGUGCAUCGGCCGCACACUGGCCAUCACCGAGUGUCCAGUGGAAGUGUUCUCGGAGCGCGGCCAUUGCCAGAGCGACACCCCGAUCACCUACCUGCCGCACAAAGCAAUGUGAAGAGCGUACAUGUGCUGCGUAGCAGCCAUUGGAGACGGCGCUCUAUCGGGGAGGUUGAGCGUCUCUUGUAAGCUUGUAAGCAGCAGUCCGGUGCUAGUGCAUAUGUAUGAUUGGCUGUGCUCGUGGCUGUAGUCCUUUUUAACUCCUGCUGACUGCAGUAGUGCUGCCAUAGCGCAGGAUGUGUUGCUGUGGCAUCGGUGCCGUGGCAACGAUGCCGGGUGCUGCAUGUGUGCGAGUGCUUGCAUGCGUGUGUAUGUGCGUGUUGGUGACUCUGUGUCCCACGCGCGCGUGUGUGUGUGUACCGCACGUUGUCAGCUCUACCGAUGUUUGGUGCAUUGCGAGUGUGCGCCGUGCCGUGUGCGGCCGAAGCUGCUCUUUUACUCGUAACCAUUCCCCUCACUCUCUUUCUGUCUCUGCUCUCUCUCUCUCUCUCUUUCUGUCUCUGCUCUCUCUCCGCUCUCUCUCUCUCUCUCUCUCUCUCUCUCUCUCUCUCUCUCUCUCUCUCUCUCUCUCUCUCUCUCUCUCUCUCUCUCUCUCUCUCUCUCAGUGUCCGGGUGACCAAUUUUUAAUUUUCAUCCUCUUUGAGUUGCUUUGCGGCCGUGUAGGGCUGUGCUAACGUUUGAUUUUGAUUUGUCCCAACUUGGCAGCGUGCCGACUUGCACUAGCAGCUAAGCAUAGCAUCGUGUGUGUGUGUGCGCGCGCGCGCGCGCGUGCGUGCGUUGAUUUGAGGCGGCAGCUGAUUGCGUGAUAACAUGCUUUAGUUUAUUUUUACUAAUUUUUUAUUCUCCUGCUCAUGGACAAGUCUUGUUUUACUGAUAGUAUCCAGCUGCUGCUGCUGCUGCUGCUGCUGUGAAAUGCAUUUAUAGUAAUCCGGCAUAUAUCAAUUCUCCCUCCAA